AUGCGAUUAGCCGGCGUUGGAAAUUUCGCUUUACAAUAUCGACGCUAUCAUCCAUAUAUUUCGCUUCCAAGCGUGUUGCAGUCCGUUAAAGUCUCCGAAGGCGGCGUUUUGCUCGGUUCGACAGCGGAGGUGAACAAACUGCUCGAAGAAUUCGACCAGGCAGAGGACGAAAUAGAAUUGUCGAAUUAUGGCCAGGCGCUCAUCGAAUGGCGAGAAUGCAGCGUAACGAACCGUUUAUUCAAUGGAGCGUUGUAUGUGUUGGGCGAGGGAGAUCUGUACGUAAUGGCUACGAAGGAAGAACAAGAAGUGUCCGCCUAUGAAGUUAUCACGUUCGGAUCGUUUAUUGGGACGUUCGAUCAGGAGGCUGUGAAAUUGCAGGUGAAAUUGGAAAAUAGCGAUCGGCAUCGCUACCACGCGGUGAUAAAAUAUAAGGAGCAGGUCUUUGGGCCGUUUUCGGAAGUGUGCUAA